AUGGCUCCUGACCAGUCGAGUGAGAGCGAAUCCAAGACUAAGGCCGGAGACCGCAAGGAGAAGCUGCCCAAGGCUGAAAGUGACUGCGAGCAAUGUUGGGGAGAUGAAUAUGAUGAGGAGGAUGUCACUAUGAGGCGCUGUUCACGAUGUAAAAAUCAGUUUUAUUGCAGCGAUAGAUGCCAGAAGAAAGAUUGGAAAAUGCACAGAUAUAACUGCUCGCCUCUUUAUGACGAUUCGACUCCUGCUACCUUUCCUCGCGAUCAAGAGUCUGAGGACGAAAUUCAACGAAUGGGCAAAAUUCUUGCGGAUUGGAUGAAGGCUUUCGAAGCCCAAGGCAAUGCUGUCAAGACUCGUCAAUGGAAAGGAAGCUCUCUUCCAGAGGCAGCUCCAUUUCUAGAAGUUGUGCCGUCUCCACAUUUCCCGCAUUAUAAGCGUGAGAUCCCAGACCCGAGAACCAAGAAAUACCGGCUUCCCUUGGUCCUUAUGGCUCGGAUGUUCCUCAACGAUUUGGUUGGCGCGCUUUCCCCAGAAGCCAAGGAGACACUUUCCGGUUAUAUCAAUGUCAUCAAUAUGCCAAGUAGUCACGCAAAGCUUUAUGGACCCAAAAUUAUGGCACGACCUGCCGAUUUGAGUCCGGGAGAGUACGUUUCUUUCGUGGCGAGUGCCCCUAUCAUCACCAUGCAGGAGUAUGGGACAUGCAGCUUUAGCAAAGAGUGCCAAGAGCGGUGGCGGAACCUAGCCACUGCUAAAUUGUUCUUGUGGGAUGACUAA